AUGGAUGAUAUUCGUGGUGUUGAGAAAAUCCUCCGUUCUUUAGAUUCCAGAUUUGACUACAUUGUGGUGAACAUUGAAGAAUCAAAGGACUUGAGUACCAUGACUAUUGAUGAACUCACAGGUUCGUUGCAAGCCCAUGAAGAAAGAUUAAACAAGAAGAAAAAGGAAGUAGAUCUAGAUCAAGCACUCCAGUCAAAGUUGUCUCUGAAUGAGAAGAAGGGAGAUUUUAAAAAUCAAAGAGGAAGAGAUCGUGGUCGUGGAAGAGGAAGAAAUUUUAAAGGAAGUGGCUCAAAUGCUCGUGAAAGAGGUGAAGAUGCAAGCACGGAGAAUGGAUGGAAAGAAGCCAACCAAAACAGUGGUGCUAGCAAGCAUAUGACAGGUAACAAAAAUUUAUUUUCGAAGUUAUUUGAAUCUGAUUGUGGAGAAGUAAAAGUAGGAGAUGGCAAAGCUUACAAAGUUAGCGGUGUUGGUGAGUUGGAGUUCAAAACAAAGCAAGGAAGGGUAGAGAAAAUGUCUGAAGUUUAUUUUGUUCCUGGUCUUAAAAAUAAUCUACUUAGCGUUGGGCAUCUCUUGAAGAAGGGGUAUGAUAUUCAUUUCCGUGACAUGGCUUGCUAUUUGUCAAAGAAAAAUCAGAUAUGGACAUUUGAACUAUGGAAAUUUGGAGAUGCUUUCAAGGACGAUGAUGUUUCAUCUUUGGGAGGUAAUCGUUACUUUAUCUCUUUCAUUGAUGAUUACUCAAGAAAGUUAUGGGUGUAUUGUGUCAAAGAAAAAUCAGAGGCUUUUCAGAGAUUCAAAGAUUUCAAGGCAGAAGUGGAGAACUUUACUGGGCUGAAAAUUAACACCUUACGAACAGAUCGUGGAGGUGAAUAUUUUUCAAAAGAAUUUGAGAAAUAUUACUGA